ACCAACUGGAUUGACAUCGUUGGAUACGUGCAUGUAGAAUCGUGCCCUGCGUUUUUUGACUCCCAUAGAAUCUGCAUGAGAGCUGGUGAGGUGUGGGGUAGCAUUCUCUUGUGCGUGGAUGACGCAGUUUUUUUUGUUUGUGUUGCGGUGGAUGCUUGAUUCGAUCGAGCUAUGGUUGGGAUUGGCUGGAAUUCUUAUCACAAUGGAUACGAAUAUGUUUGAAGGCGUACAGGACGUAGUAUGAUCCAGAUUUUACGUUUGGGAGGUGUCAUUCUUGGUCCACGCUCUGGUCAUUCCUGGAUUGGAACCUUGAGAUUAGUGCCGAAUAAUUGGACUGAUCUUGUGUACGAGGAUCUGAUUUAGCGCGUCUGGAUCGUGAGGUCUGCUCUACAUACAAUAGAAGAAUGAAUUGUGUCGCUUCGUAGUGGCACGAUGAUAGAUACAACAUUCUUCAAUUAUAGCUGAAAGGUGCAUAGAAACGCGUGUGAGGCACGUCGUUUGCUCCUAGAUAGCUACGAACAAGGUAACUGUAGGCAGCAAUCAAUCAGCUAAAAUCGACAGAAUGAUACAUUUGUGCACACGUGAUUCGCGUCCUCUCGAACAUGUCAAUACGCAGUACAGAAAAACGGCCAUGGCUGCUCAUAAUGGCAGCCAAUUGAAGCGACUAAUUCUGUGGACUCUAGGGUUGCUAGCGCUCAAGAACAUGUCGGCUGUUCAUUCAAUCUCGACCUCAGAGAAACAGCUGUACAUUGUGUACAUGGGAAGUAAUAAGAUUCCUCAUGCACUUGGAAUUACUGCAGAGACACACUCCGACCUUCUCUCAAGUGUCCUCGGCAGUGCAGCGACAGGAAAGACUGCUUUAGUGCACAGCUACAUACACGGACUGAAUGGAUUUUCAGCCAUGCUAUCUGCGUCCGAAGCUGCACAAUUAUCAGAAAUGCCGGGUGUGGUCUCCACAUUUCCCAGUGUCAGCUGUUCAUUGCAAACGACAAGGACGUGGGAUUACAUGGGCGUUAAUCUUGACGGUGAAUCGUGGACAUCAACGAACUUUGGCAAAGACGUCAUCGUGGCUACCAUUGACACUGGAGUUUGGCCUGAGCACGAGAGCUUUGAUGACGAAGGUAUGGAUCCAAUCCCAGAGAAGUGGAAGGGAGAAUGUGAAACAGGCCAGAGCUUCCCCGAAUUUUACUGCAACAGGAAGCUCAUAGGCGCCAGAUAUUUCUCAGAGGGUUAUGAAGCAAUUUGGGGACAAAUUAACACCUCGGAUCCAACUGUUAGCCUGUCUCCACGCGACACAGAAGGCCAUGGCACACACACCAUAACCACAUUGGGAGGCUCCAGAACCACUAAUGUUAGCUUCCAGGGAACAGGUCUGGCUGUAGGAACUGCAAGAGGAGGUGCAUCAAAUGCAAGAGUGGCUGCGUACAAAGUUUGCUGGCCGGGGUCGUGCCAGACCGCCGACAUUCUCGCAGCAUUCGACAUGGCCAUCCACGAUGGGGUCGAUGUGAUUAGCAUCUCUUUAGGCGCUUCAGCUAUUGACUACUUCUACGAUUCCAUCGCAAUUGGGGCAUUUCAUGCCACGGAUAAAGGGAUUCUUGUAGUGGCGGCAGGGGGGAAUUCGGGACCUUCCAAAGCUACAGUCAGCAAUGGUGCACCCUGGAUUCUCACAGCUGCAGCAAGCUCCAUUGAUCGAGAGUUUCUAUCCGACAUCCACCUCGGAAACAACGUCACGUACUCUGGUCCAAGCCUGAACACUGAAAAAAUUGAUCCUAACGUGUAUCCACUCGUCGACGCGGGAAACAUACCAGCACAAAACAUCACAUCCACAGAUGCCAGGAUGUGCGGCCCAGAUUCAUUGGACGCAAAGAAGGUGAAAGGCAAUAUUGUUGUUUGUGUACCUGGAGACAUGUUGGGAAUCAACUAUCCAGAAGUAGAGGUCUAUGACAAGGGCGGGGUUGCCACCAUCAUGGUAGACGAUGAACUGAAGUCUUAUGCACAGGUCUUUCGCCACCCAGCAGUGACGGUCGUAAGCCAAGGAGUUGGCAGUCAUAUUCUAUCAUACAUCAACAGCACAAGAAGUCCAGUUGCAACAAUGACACUCUCUCUCCAAUAUCUGGGGAUUCCGGCUCCUAUUGCGGCUAAGUUCUCAUCCCGUGGCCCAAAUGUAAUCUCACCUGAUGUUUUGAAGCCUGAUCUUAUCGCACCAGGAGUGUCUAUUCUGGCUGGAUGGUCACCAGCAGCAUCACCAUCCGAGGAUCCCUCGGACAUUCGGACAUUCCAAUACAACUUUCUGUCCGGAACUUCAAUGUCAACGCCACACAUUGCAGGAGUCGCAGCUCUGCUGAAAGCUGAACAUCCCGACUGGAGCCCCGCAGCAAUCAAAUCUGCACUUAUGACAACAGCUACACCACUCGACUCAAAACACAACCAAAACUCACACGGGGACCUGACAUGGGGUUCGGGUCAUAUUGAUCCCAAGGGAGCAAUCGACCCAGGCUUGGUCUACAACACAACGAGUGGCGACUAUAAGUUAUUCCUAUGCAGCAUGAACUACACAGACAGCCAGAUCAGGGUCGUCACAGGUACCGACACAGCUCACGUGACGUGCCCCAAGGCAAGGGUAUCAGCCUCCAGCCUCAAUUACCCCACCAUUGCGGCCUCGAACUUCACCAAUACCAUCACAGUGGUCCGGACUGUGACAAAUGUUGGAGCUCCAACCGCAACCUACCGAGCUGAGAUCGAUAACCCAGCUGGGGUGCGAGUGCGGGUGAGUCCCGAUGUGCUGAACUUCACCCCGGACACAGAGGUGCUCUCCUACACUGCAACACUAGAGCCCAUGGACACGCAGCCAUGGCUGAAGAACUGGGUGUUCGGGGCUCUAAUAUGGGAUGAUGGCAGGCACCGCGUGAGAACCGCCAUUGCUGUUGGACCCACCGUGGACAGUCCUUUCUUUUAGCAAGACAACAAUGAUUACCACCACAACAUUAAACAACAACAACAACAACAACAGAAAAUUAUUUUUUGGGGUCUCGCUUCUGGCGUUAAAGAAAGGCAUUAGCUAUCUGUGUACAUUUUAUUUGAACGAAUAACAAUAAAAAUGAGUGGCAUUUUUUUAGCAAGAUUUUUAUAAUUAUAAUAGAAUCUUGCACUUCAAGAUACAUUUUCAAA